AUGCUCCCCCUCCGCGCUGUCCUGCGGCCGCCGGCCUUCCGCGCCGCGCCUCGUCACAUCGCCGGCCUUUCUCUCCCUACGCAACAACAAGCCCGAACCCCUCCAUUUCCGAUAAUACGAAGCAGCCUCCCUUCACAAAACCAAUACCCCCGACUCUUCUCCCGGACGAUCCGGCGCCCGAUCUGGGGGAGGGGGCACGAUGGCUAUGACCCCCGCAACCCCGCCCAUCGCGAAGUCCUCAGAGAACACAACCUCCGGACCGCCCGACCCCUCACGACGGUCGACGACAUUGGGCGCUUCUUCAGGUCCCGCACCUUCGCCGGCAUAGCCGUCGCCGCCGUCCUCGCGGGCAUCGCCUUUGUAUAUCUCAACAUCCAGACCGUCCCCGUCUCGGGCCGCAAGCGCUUCAACUGCUACUCCGAGGCCCAGGUCGAGAGCAUGUCGAGCGAGCAGGAAAAACGCGUCAUCUACGAGGUCGAGUCUCAGGGCGGCCGGUUCCUCCCCUCGUGGGACCCGCGCGUGCGGAUGGUCCAGCGCGUCAUGCGCCGGCUGAUCCCCGUGUCCGGGCUCGAGGACCAGGAGUGGGAGGUGAGGGUGAUUGACGACCCGAGCACCCUCAACGCGUUUGUGCUCCCCGGCGGCAAGGUCUUUGUGUACAGCGGCAUCCUGCGCCUGACGCGCACCGAGGACGGGUUGGCCGCGGUGCUGGGCCACGAGAUUGCGCAUAACCUCGCGCAGCACAACGGCGAGCGCUGGACACAGGCAAUCGGGCCCAACAUCCUCCUCUACAGCAUCAUGAUCUUGACUGGCAUUUACCCGGGGGCCAUUGUCCUCACGCAAUGGCUGGGCCGCGGGGUCAUGGACCUCAUGUUCACGCGGCCGAUGGGGCGGAUGCAGGAGAGCGAAGCGGACUAUAUUGGGCUGAUGCUCAUGGCGGAGGCGUGUUACGACCCGCGCGAGGCAAUGGCGUUUUGGAAGCGCAUGGACAUGGCAACCAAGCAGGCGCAUGUAGAGGAGAUUCCAGAGUUUUUGAGCACGCAUCCGUCGAACGAGCAUCGAAUCGAGGAUUACCAAAAGUGGAUGCCCAAAGCCAUUGAAAAGUUCGAGGCAAGCGACUGCAAGGGAACCGCCGGCUUCGCCAACAUGUUUAGACGGGCGCUGGAUCGAGGCAGCAUGAUUGUAGAAUUUUAG